GCUGUUCCGAUUUCCGUUCUUUGUUGUGAGUUCUUUAGUGAUGCAAAAUUAACAUUUUUAUCACUUUCAUGAUAACAGAUCAUUUGAGAGAGUCAAAAGGAAUUGGGGCAACUAUUGCUUCUCUUCUUAAUUUUGGUUUAUAAAACUAAAGGUAAAUCAUAUUCAUAAAAACCAACUAAUAAUAAAUGUUAACUUCUUUUUUUUUAUAAUGAAACUGUAACUGAUUUAUUUAUUUAUUUUAUUGAUGGGUUUAAUCGGUUUAAACUAGACUGAUGACUAGACUAGACUAACUGAUAGACUAAAUACUAAAAACAUAAAUACUAAAUAACAUAGUGAAUAGUAGUACUAGAAGUAGAAUUCCAAUUACCAGUAGUUUAUUUAAUAUUUAGCAUACACUUAUUUAAUUUAUUUAUGACUUAUGACUUUCACAUAUGAUGAAUUAGAACUAAUCAAGCCUAAUGGCAGCAUGGCUUGUACUUGUGAUGUGUGGUAGUCACUUCGGUAUCGCCCAGAAAUUCCCAAAAACAGGUGUCGUAAUUUUUUUGUCAAAAUGGUGACCUCCAUUUAUUUUUUUAGCAUAUUAAUAAAUACCUUCUACAUCCGCCAAUUACUCAAUGCCGACAUCUUGUUUGUUGUAUUGAGAGUUCGUAUGAUAAAGUAUGAUUUUUUUUCAAGGUUAAAGCUUUGAAAAUUGAAGUUAAAAAUAGGUAAACUUCACUCAUCAAUAACCUUUUUUUUUUAAAUGUGCUCCAUAAUCAAAAUACCCUGCUCCUUUAGUUUCAUUUAGGUUCAUUUACAACAUAUCCAAAAUUCAUGAGUGUAGACAUGGGUAGGCUUCAAAAUCGAAAGUCCCAGAUCAUAGCCAGAUGUAAUUUUUUUUAGACUGUAAUUUGUCAUAUGGCCACCGUGCUUGUCUGCUUAUUGCCAAUUAUCGAUAGCAUCCGUGGGGUAAUUAAUAAUUUAUUGAAUUGGUUAUGCAGAAUAUAAAUUAUAAAUAUUUGUAAGGCCUAUUAUAAUAAAUUAUAUGUAAUGAUAUUUUAGGCCAGGCUAUGUCUAUGUAAUUAUAUUUUAAUGAAUAAUAUUGUGAUUCUUAAGGCAUAAAGUAAGUAAAAAAAAUUUUAAUAUUCACUUACCUUUGGUAUUAAAAUAUCGCAAUAUUGCUCAAAAGAAUUAUUAUACAAUCCUCAGUUUCUCAAAGAAAAAAACACACUUUCUGGCACAAUAAUCCAAGAAUUACUUUAGAUAUUACUAAAGAACAAUCAUAAAAACUUCUACUUAUCGCAAGCAAAUGACUAGAACUUAUUUUAUUUUCUAAAGUUGAUUCUUAACAAUACAUGUUGAGUUGUAAAAAAAGAUUACAAACUUAAAAUAAAUGACAUACUGAUUUUUUUGUCAUCAUAUAGGAAUAAUAUACAUAUGUAGAAAAUGGUACAAUAAAAAGUAUACUCAUAAAUUUUAACUAAAUGAAUCAAAUAAUCCUGUAUUAUUUGCUUAUACUUAAAGAUGUUAAACGAUUACACAGAAAAUUUGUAUUAUUUUGGGGAAAUUUUUAAAAAAAUGUGUAAACUAAUUAAUUAAAUAACAAUAAGUGUCAAGUCAGCAUAUUUUCAACAUGUUUUGUUUUAUAAUGAAAAUUAUAUACAUUAAAGAAUUUUUUUUUGGGGGGGGGGGGGAAUAUCAACAAUAACUAAAUUUAAAAUUUGUAGUUUUAUUUAGUAAAACUCAAAUCUAACUAUAUUCCCAGUAAAUGUUAUAUUUAUAUAUCAUUUUAUAAUAAAGUUAUAUGCGUAAAAGCAAAAGCCAAAUAGGAGGGCACACUUGUGUGUGGAGGAAAACGCCUUUGUAAAAAAGUGGUUUUGAGAUCCUUACUAAAAAAUUCACAACUUUUGAACAACUUGAGCUAGAAAGUUGAUCUUGGUUUUUCUGUAAUCUAUUCUCUAGGCUAUACAGCUGUAGUAUGUUUAAUAUUUGUUAAAAUGUUUUAAAAUUUUCAUCAAAGAUGCCUCUGUGUGGUGUCAAAAGCGUUCAUUUGAUUAACUAAUAAACUAACACACAGUGCACAAAUAACACACAGCGCACAAUAAAACACAAUAUUCUGUGCACAGCAAUUACUAGUGUAUACAACUGGGCUAUUUUUUAAAUUAUAUCGUAGUCCACUAUUAUUUAACUUUUGUUUUACCUUCAUUGGACCCUUUCCAUGUUAUUAGUUAGUAAUAUAAACUCUCUUUAUAACAGCAAUUUUUAUACUCAUAUAGUAUAGGUCUUUUAAAUACUUAUUAAAUUUAUAUAAUUGAGUCACUUUCUCUGGUCUGGUGAAAUCGCUGCAAGGGACAUGGUUCGAUUUGAAAGUGUUGGCUUGCUGCGUGCCUUGCCUAUAAUCUCAAUAGAAUUUCGGAGAUAAUGAACAUGUUAGGUUUAUAAAGUUAGGCCUUAUAAAGUAUCUUGUUUUGAUUCUACUUCCCAUGGCAGCCCUGCUUCAUUUUUAUUAUUAGGUCAUUUAAUUAGAAUUGAAAUAGUUAUUAAUAUUCUAAUGAUUUUAAUUUCAUUCUAAAAGACUAGACCAGCCUUGAGCGAAGGCCUAUAAUUUAUUUUAUUUAUUGUAUUUUAUAUAGGUGACAAAAAAAAGUGUAAGUGCAAAGCAAAGGACUGAUUAAACUACUAAAAUAGUCCACUUGUCACUGAGUGUAAGUGUUUUUAUGUCACUUUUUAUGACAUAGUGCAUGUAGCCUAAUACAUGGUAUAUAGUACCAUAUUCUGACAACAAAUUUUCUUUCAGACCUUAACUCUUUUCCCUCUGUGUGGCAAUGUAUCAGGUUUAUAAAUGGGUCUAGCUUGAAAAAUUAGUUAGCAGAGGGGGAAAAAAUCUUUUUGAAUGACAGAAUGUUUAAUUAAUAACUAUUGAAGAUAUUUCAAUUGUUUAUAAAUUAUCCCUUUAAGUUGUGGUCUGAAAUUAUGAAAAUUAAAGUAUAACUUUAAUCAUCCAUUUUCAAUGUAGAUGUGGUCAAGUCAGCAGACUCUUGCAGAGUUUCGAUUAUUUACCUGCUUAACAGAGGAUGAAGGUACAGAAGUUUCUUUAGUGCGAGCUCAUGUAACAAGAAGUAUCAUAAGGUAUCAUUUAUGUGUAGAAUAAUGUUUCUCUGCAGCUCUAGACAUGUGGAAACUUUGUAAUGUUGGAUAUACAUUAUAAUUUUGGACUUCUUGAAGAUUUUAUUUCAUUAAUAAUUUAACAGAAUCUCAUGAAGUCAUUUUCAAAUCAAAAAUAAAACCUUAAAUCAAUUUUUAUAUUUACUUAAUUUUUUUUUUUUUUUUAAAUUACUAGCGAAAUGUAUAAUAUAUUGUGGUCUACCUAAAUAUAUUUCAGUGAACAGAGGUAUCAAGAAGAAUUUUACCCCAACAUUGAAAUUAGCACACCUGACGAUGUAGCAUCUAUCAGUUCAAGCAUUGAAGAAGACGUGACAGAUUCUGAAAUAUCCAUAGCAACACAGCAAUCGAGUGCUAACCCAGAGUCACUUGAGAAGAACCUCAGGAGUGAUCAGAGCAAAUUGUCAAAGCGCCUAUCCACUUUAGGUUUGGGUAACUUUGAUUUAAGCUCCUCUGAUUCAGAGGAUUCCGAGUGCCAUCGCGGGGCAGUGGGUGGUGAGGAGAGCAAUAGCAAAUGCAAAGAGGAGCGUUUGAAAAGAUAUUUAGAAGGUGCUGCAGCAUUGGCUGAAAUUGUGGAAGACACUGAGAAUUUGAGUCUUGAAAAUAAUAGCACCAAAGGCGAGGACCAGGUUACAGGGUGGGAAACAGCUGAUAAUGCACACAUGAUGGAGGCUAUGGGACUACCUCAGCAGUUUGGUUCAUCCAAGAGAAGCUUCUCCAAUAAGGUUUGCUAACAAUUUUAAGGACGUAACACUUUAUAUUAAAAAAAGAAAACUUAAAUGGACAUAUUUUUUUCCCGGACUGAUAAAACAUAAGGUUAUUAGAUAGUAAACUCAUAGCUUUGUUAAUAGAUAGUAAACUCAUAGCUUUGUUAUUAGAUAGUAAACUCGUAGCUUUGUUAUUAGAUAGUGAACUCAUACCUUUGUUAUUAGACAGUAAAUUCAUAGCUUUAACAAGAAAGACUAUGCUCAUUUCAUUUGAGUUCAUUUCACUAAAGGGAUCUGUAAAAUCUGUUUUAGUAGAGCUAGCAUAUUUGAAAUAUUGUUAGGUAUUGCUCUGUUGUAUAAUAUGCCAAACCACAGGUACGAACUGCUACAUCUGGAUAUAAAUUAUAAAGUGUUUAAAACUAUUUUCUUGAUGGGCAUAUUUUAUGAUUAAAAAAUUCUGUUCAAUGUUAAAAUUCAAUGAUUAAUUCAGCAGAACUAAGCUGUUUUUUUUUGGUCAAUAAAUUAAUUUCUGUAUUUGCAUUGGCAAGAAAUUAUAUUAUCAAUUAGUAUCUGCUUGAGAUGGAAACAAGAAAUAGACUCACUGAGCCAAUUUGUAACAGUCAAUGUGAACCAUCAGAAAAACAGCACUUCAACGUCUACAAAGAGUGACAUUUAAUCAAACAAAUCAAUGACACUUUGAAUAUCAUCUUUUUUGUAGUAUAUCAGAUAGCGUCUAGUCUUCCUACAAAACUACUGUUUGAAAUCUGUCUUUGGUGAUUACCUGUGUAUUUUUAUUUAGACAAAAAACGCAAAUUGUAAAUUUAACAUUUUCCUUAGUGUUGUGUGAUUGGAUUUUUAUAUGUUAUCUUUUCAGUCUGUGCUGACAGAGAAAGAAAUUCGCAACCGCUUCUUGUCGCUAUGGGAAGAUAAGGGAGAACUCCUAGUAUAUCGUUCCUUUGUUUCCAUAUACCCCGACUAUGCCAGCUACUAUGACCAGAUAGCGGGUUCCAUUCCACCAGGUGUCGAGGUGGAAGUCACCUCAACAAAUAACAAUGGGGGCAUUUCAAAUGGUAGUGGUGAGGAGAAUGUUACAGAUACGGGUGGACAUAAAUGUUCUAUUCUUGUAAACAAUGCGGAGCACAAAGUUACCUCUAAUACAGACACAGCACCAGAUCUAAGUGUACAGGAAGAUAGUAAGGCCAGUAUUGAUAAGUCUCCAGUAAGAACAGGACAUGUUGAAAAUGGCAAUCAUAAACCACAGGCUGAUCAAGGAGAUGCUCCAGUAAAAAGCACCAAAAAAGUCAAAUGUCUCACAGAACAGUCUAUUUCACUCCAAAAUGUGGAGAACGGUGGGGAUCACGGGUAUGUACAGAAAAAUUUACCAAUACUUGAUUCAUCGCAGGAAAAUUUGGAAGAAGAUUCAAGUGGUAGUAGCGACGAAAGCGAUUCACAGGAACUUAACCAUACAAAUGGAGGAUGUGGCUCGGAGGAGGAUGUCUGUCACGAUGAUGAUGACAGCAACAGUGAACAGGUUGGGUAUUACAGCAGUCAUGAUGAUUUAAUAGUCAUGCUCAGAGGUACUCAUGAAGACUUGAAGAAUCAAAUCUACUGGCAUGUCAAAGAAAAGUUCAGCCAAUGGCUGCGAGACACUCCUGAGGAGGACUUUGAUCUGUCCUCCUUAGAUGAGGACAUCAUUACUUUGGCCAAUCCUUACACGGAGACACCUGAGAAUGUUGUGGAUUGUGAACAGGAUGGAUUUAACAAUUUUAGCAACGAUGAGGAUUUGGAAGAAAUGGGUUAGUCGUUCUGUUAUUGAUUGAAACAAGAUUUAAGAUUUGUUAUUAGACAUUCAUAAAAUUGGCCUUGCAUUCCUGCAAAAUGAAUUGAUGGAAAAUUACCUGUUAAUAUUACAUUGUUUUCUACAUUUACAUAAGACAAUUUGUAAAAGUUCAAGUCUAUCAUUCUACUGUACUCAGAUUCGUUUGUUUUAAUUUCAGCUGAAGGUAAAAAGAAAAGCAUUCCCGAGACACUAGAGCUGCUUGGCCUAGCUAUAGAAAAAGAUGAAAAUCUUAGGUAAUAUCCGAUUAUAACUGUCCUUCAAGAAAUCUUUUCGUGGCUUUCACUGACUCAAGCAAAAAAAAAAAAAAACACUUUUUUUUUUCCCUCCAAAAAUUAUCACUGUUACCUAAUUGCAAAAUCUUUUGCUACUAAGUAAUAGUUAGAUGAAAUCCUUGUUAUCAUUUAGAACUUAACGCUCUAAUCAUUAAUCAUUUCCAUUGUUGUGGGUUUUGUUGUCAAAUAAAUGAUACCUAUAAAAUUCUAAAUGGUUUACCUUAUCUAGAAUUAAAACAUUUUUUUUUUUGUUGCUCAUUCUUCAGAGAAAACAGAAAACGUAAAAUCAUUCAUGGCUCAGUUAUCUACAAGAGGAGGAAUAUCGUGAAAGAAGCUAAACGUCUUCACCUAGAUUUUGGCAGAACUCCCCACCUGGGACCCAAGGGGGAUGAGGACGUAACUAUUGCGAAAGCCAAACAUGUUGUUUUUGAUGAUGAUGGGAACCCUCAAGAAGUAAAAAAAGAGACAAGUACAUUAAAUAUUACACAAGUAAGCACUACUUUAUUACACAAGUAACUGUAAGAACUGCUUUAGAACACAAGUAAGCACUACUUUAAUUCCCCAUAUAAUUAGACAUCAAAACUGUUUAAUAUUAGUGUAAAAGAAAUAUAAGAACAAGGUUUGCUAGCCUUGAAUUCACUGACGAGACAAAAGAUUUUGAAUAUUAGUGUAGUAUUAUUAUAUGUGCCAAUAGAAAUCUGGCUUUAGUGUUAAAAAUAUAGAAGAGCAGCACCAGUCUAUCCCCACAUGAGGCCAAAAAUCAGUGUGUUACGUUUUAGUUUUAAAAUAUUUAUUCACUUUUGUUAACAUAAUUAUAGUUAUAGGUUAUGUCCUUUAAUACAGAAAAUUAAGAAUAUGAAUGAAAUGAAAUAAUUUCUCACAUGGUCUUAACAAUUAUGAUCUGGAAUAUUGCUAUACUAAAUAUCAUGAUGGGGUUGAAAAGUGUUCAAUAUUAUCAAUGUUUAUUUAUUGUUGCUUGUAGCAUGAGUGUAGGAGGGAUUGCUGCAUGGGGCAUGAUGGUAUGAAAGAUUGAUCAUGGUCUAAGAGAACUUUUUUUGUGUGCUCUUCCAUAGAAAUUAAUAGGGUAAAUUAUUGUUUAAAUGUAAUAAAGAUUACUACAGAUGUAAAUGUAAGCAAAUGAUAUAUUGUUAUUAUAACUUUUGUUUGUAUCUCUUAUCUCUAGCCCUACAGUAGCUUCUUUGAUGAAGAUGUCUCCCUUGAGAAAGAUGCAGAUGAUGAUCAGGAGGAUUCUUCUCUUUCACUAGCCCAAGAAGCAACAGACGGCAGCUCAGCUGUCAGCUCAUCAGAGAAGAAGAAAACAAAGAAAAAGAAAAACAGGAAGAGAAAGCCAACAGUUCCCAUCCCAGAAGAUUUGGCAGGCGAUCAAGUCUUGCGGAAAUAUUGGUACCAGAGAUAUCGACUAUUCCGAAAAUUUGAUGAGGGUAUUAUACUCGAUAAAGGUAGAAAUUAUAAAUAUUCUUGUGUUGAUUUUUUUGAGUGCUGGUCUUUAAUUGUAUUUUUUAUUUUAAAAAAAAAACAAAUUCAUAAAAUAAAUGGCAAUGAUUUAAUAGAAAUGGAAUUAGAUUAUUUUAGGUAUGUCCUUUAAAGACAUUGCUUGUUUCAGUUUUGUUGAAGUUCACUUAUAUCCUGUAUGGACAAUGCGUGUUCUAGAUUCAGUCAUGUGCAGCCAUGCAGGUGUCAGUUGUCAUCUCUACACUGUUCAAAUUAUUCGGCUUACUUCUAUUACUAAUCUACAGAGAGUUGGUUUUCCGUGACCCCUGAGGCCAUAGCUGCGCAUAUAGCAGAACGGUGCCAAUGUGAUAUUAUUGUGGAUGGCUUCUGUGGAGCAGGAGGAAAUGCUAUUCAGUUUGCUUUCACCUGUAAUAGAGGUAAAUUCCCAUUUUAUUCUCUCUGUGGAGAUGCAGGUUAAAUUAAAAUGUUAAUAGCCCAGGUUCUCUUUAGCUAAUAAUACCAAAGAACUUUCUGCUGUAUUUCAAAUGUAUUGAUAUAUAUGAAUAUAUAAGAGAUAAUGCCAUACUAUAAAAGUAACUGUGUCUUAUAAUCUGCCUCAUUCUUUUUUGUCUGAAACACCCCAGCCUUUUAAAGCACAACCUGCCCUUCCUUAAGUAUCCAUGAUAAUAUGACAGCAAUGCUGAUAAUUUUGAUUUAGUCGACCAUGUUUAAGUGAUCCCAUUUAUUGGAUUCGUAGGAACACUUAGCCUCUGUACUCUGUAAACAUUAAAUGAUGGGCUACAUUCUUCUUCUUCUUUUUUUUUUUUUAAAAUAAAUUUUACAACUACCAGUAUUAUUUAUUCUUGGAAUUACUUAUUAAUGAAGCAGAUUCUUAUUUGUUUCAACAAGAGCACUGGUGCUUCUUUAAAUAUGUUCUAAAUUUACAAUGAUAAUAUUGCAAGUUGGUUUAACCCUGAAACAUUUUUUUAUGUUUAUAGUUAUAGCCGUAGACAUUGACAAAUCCAAACUGGAAAUGGCCCGACAUAAUGCAGAGGUUUACGGUGUCGCUGAUCGUAUAGAGUUUAUUCAUGGGGACUUUCUGCAGGUAAGAAAUUCAAAAAUUUUAUUGGUUCCACAAGAUUGGUUAGAGAAGGUUUUGUGUAAAGGAUGAUUCUAAAUUAUGAUUGGAUGAAUAGUUACUGAUACUGCUUAUCAAGGGAAUUAAACUGUAUAUGUGUACUAAUGUAUAAAUAUCUAUGUGAAGGACCCUUUAUCUUGCAGUUGGCUCCAUCACUUAAUGCUGAUGUUGUGUUCCUGAGCCCACCGUGGGGUGGGCCUGAAUACCUCAGCAAAGAUGUUUAUGACCUUGACAAUAUGGCUGGAUUCAAUGCAUAUCCUUUUUUACGAGUAGGUUAUUAAUUGUAUGCUGGCUGUAUGUCACAAAGCAGAGGCCUCCCUGCCUAACACAUCACAAGCCACCUUUUGCUGUUUUUUGGUCAUGCAUCUUUUUUUUGGGCAUUGUUUUAUUUUGAAUUUUAAAAUGCAGCUUUGGCCCUUUGUUUAGGCUGCUGAGAGGGUCACAUCUUGAUUACAUUGUGCAGGAGUGCAUUAUUGGAGUUUGACUGGCUUUUAUCCAUUUCAUCUUUCUUAUGGUCAUAUCCUUAACUGUCACACUGCACAUCUGAUGGAGGUUUCUCGGAACAUCACUGAUAACAUUGCAUUCUUCCUUCCUAGAAACACAGACUCUGAGAAGGUGAGAAAUUACAUUUGAGUGAAUUUAUUUAAAAAAUUUUUUACAUACUCGUCCCACUGAAUUUAUGGUUUUUAAACAGUGAAUUUUUUUUAAUUUUGUAUUUUUCUGAUGGAAUGGGUGGUCAUGUUGGUUUGAGUGCACUAUUAUUGAUUCUUGCUAAAUUUCAACUGCUGUGUAUUAAUACAAACAUUCCCACAUUAACUAUAUGUGUAUAUUUGGUUUGGUUUUGAUUUCAAAUAAUAAAUUUGUGCAACUCGCGUCACUCAUCAUUUUUAAUGCCUCAUUUUGAUUCUUGUAUUUGUUUCUAGUUGACAGCUUUAGCUGGAGUUGGGAAACAAGUGGAGAUAGAGCAGAACUUUCUGAACAAGAAACUCAAGACCAUUACAGCUUACUUUGGUGAGCUCAUUCUGGCACAUGGGCAAGAUGAAUAGUACGUCACUGAAAGCUAUUGAGAAUGAAAUAAUAUUCUACUUCUGCUUUUAGGCGUUGUACGUGGACCACAAAUUUUCGUGUGAUUUCUUGAUAUUUUUCAAACCGAUACUAAUAAAGGAGAAUAAUUCUCAGAAUAUCUUUUAGAUGAAAUCCCAUCUGUUGGUACAAUUUCUGCACUCACCACUUAUUAUACCUCAACCAAUUCCUCAUUCCUGGUCAGACUAUGUCAUUUUGCAGAAUAAUUUAAUAGCCAUUCAAAUACUAGUCCGUGUCUACUGGUCAAAUAGAAAAUGCUUUUCAUUUAAAUACAGUUUCAAUUGUCUAUGUGCUGAUUGAUUUUUUAAUCAUGUUAAUGUGAAGAGUUACCUUUCCUACUGUGCAAUUUGCCUCAGCCAUCUUGGUUUAGUGACUGCUCUUUCAAACAUAUAGCUACUGUAUAGACUGGUUCAUAAGCCAACUUUUUUGGGAAAUAUUUCAGGGGAAUAAGUGGGAUGUUCGGCUUAUGAGCUGGUCAUGGGAGAUUUUUAUCAAUUACUCCAGCUACCAUAACAGUGGUUCUAUUCCAUAAAAGAAAACAUGGAAGAAAACAGUAAGUAACAGAGGUAAAGAUAAGAAGGAAGCAGUGUGCAAAAUUGGCCACAUAUGUCCAUGAUUGUGGGAAGAAAAAAAAACAAGACCUCCGUUCAAACAAAAAGCCAAGACUCUUCAAAAUUACAACUCAAACUCAAGAACUCAACAGUUAGACUUAACGCAAAUUAUUUGAUGAAAGUCUUGCUACAGACUAAUUUUAAGGAACAACAAAAAACUCAAACAAGGAUUUUAAAGACUGUAAAAUAUGUGUACGAUGAAUGAUGAAAUAAAAUUUCAUUUAUUUAGAUCAAUAGAAAUAUCUAAUCUUAUGUUAUACUAUUUUAUCUUACCUUGUUUCAAAGUACCUACAUUGAAUCAUGAAAUUGCUUUGUUAUUGCUGAGGUCAUAUUUUUGGAAAUGUUCAUUGUGGUUAGAGAAUAUGCCCAUAGUCAUGGGAAGUGAGCAUCAGUGUUGACAACUUUAUUAAAAAUUAAGACAGUCAACUAAUUAAAAAUCGGCUUAUGAAUGAGUAUACAUGUUAUCAUCUUUAUCAAGGAUUCAGUUUUUAAACAUAUGUAUUUCCAUGUUAUGCCGUAUUCUGUUACAAUAUGUAAUCUUUUGGCAGGUUUUUGUAUGGGAAAUCAUUUGGGUAAAACAGCUACUUUGACUUAUUAACAGUAGCAGCCCGUGUCAUAUUGACAAUGUACACAUGUCAUAUGGACAAUGUACAUAUGUCAUAUGGACAGUGUACACAUGUCAUAUUGACUACAUACACAUCAUAUUGACAGCAUACACAUGCCAUAUGGACAACGUACAUUGGGGACAAAAUUACAUGUUGAGAUUUUGAUCUGUUUUUUUAUUUGUAUAAUUUGUAAUUGAGUUUAAUAACCUUCAUGUAAACUUGCUCAAAGUGCUGUCACUACCACUAAGCUCAUAGGACAGGAUCGCUGUCACUACCACUGAGCUCAUAGAACAAGUUCGCUGUCACUACCACUAAGCUCAUAGAUCAGGAUUCUUGUUGAAUAUAAUUUACUCUGCAUCUGGAGGUAAUGGGAAUAUUUGAUGAAGUUGACAAAGAUACUUUCUGUAAGUGAUGGGAGUUUAGUGGUUAAUGUGACGGCAUCGUCUCUGCUUACAAGUGUGAACAAAAUUAAUAAUUGUUGAUCUCAUCAGGGUGGGGCUUCCACGGUUCAUAUUUUACUGCCAACAAGUAAAGACCUGCUGUUCAAUUUUCAUUUAAGUAUUUUAAUUUUGUUCUUCAUGUCCACACAACAGAAUCACAUGGUGUUGUCUUGGUUUAACAAGUGUUUGCAACUGCUGGUGCUUUCGUCUCAUGUCAGCUUUAAGAUUGACAUGGGCUGUAGAUCUGUUGUUGAACACAUCGGUUGUGCAAAGAAAACUUAAGGUCUGAGAGCUACAUACAUGCCUGCUGUAGAUUUAGUCAUCUUGGUUUGCCAGACAGUCAAAAGUAAUUUACACUUCUAAACACAUUGACUUGGUAGCCAUAUUGACUUGGUUGCCACAGGUUUCAGCUUGUUAUAUUUGCUGGUCAUUCAUGAUGAUCAUGUUGUUCUUCUUAUCAGGAAUGUUGUAGCUUCCAUUCAUUCAAGUGUUGGCGAUGUUUCAUCUAAUGCUGUCUUUAAAUAGGGCCAUUUUGUGAUUG